CCUCUUUCACUUUUGAGUACGUCCCCUCUCCAAUGGUCUUGCCCAGCUGGUAGCCAUUGGAGAAUAAAAACUCCUCCAUCUCCUCUCUGAAUUUUGGACUGGUCAUUCUCUCAGGUCAUCCUGUAGACGCUGGGAGAUGACAUCUCUGUGCUCUGCUUCUCUCCCUAACCAGGGCCUGCAAGAGUUGCAGCCCUGGGCACUAGAUCAUUUUCCUGCCUAGACAAAGUCCCGUGAUGACAGGGGCAGCUGGGGCAGGACAUUUUAAAACUUUCAGCCCCUAUUAUGAUGUAACCUUGUGUUGCAUGGGUCAAAGGCGUUGGAUUUGCACCAAUCGGGGGCUGAACACCCCAAAUGGGCAGUUACUUAACCUGCACACAACCUUGUACCGAGUCACUCCAGGCGCAGCGAUGGGAUAAAUCUCCAGAGACCUAUUGGCGGGGAUCGUGGGUAAGGGACUUCUAUAGCAUAGCAUUACACAGGCUUUGGCAUAACGAAAGGACCCCAAAUAGUCCCCAGCCUGCUGCUGUAUUCACUAAUGUGCAGCUCUGACCAAGUUUUCAAGGCUGGAUCCAAGUGAAUUUGAGGGUGGGGGAGGGAGGGAUCAGACCUCAGAUGAAUACAAGGGAUGGGAUGUCUGUUGUUUGCAUUACAUAGCGCUUAACAAAACUACCUAGCUCUCAUCUAGCACUCUUCAUAGAUCUCAAAGUGCCUUACAAAGGUCAGUAUAAUGAACCUCAUUUUACAGAUGGGGAAACUGAGGCAGAAAAGGGCAGUGACUUGUCCAAGGUCACCCAGAAACUUAGUGGCAGAGCCAAGAGUUUAACUCAGGCCUUCUGAAACCCAGUCCAGUGAUCCAGCCAAUAGGCAACACUGCUUCCUUUCUCUAGGGACCCUUUGUCCUGGGCAUUGCACAGACAUGGAACAAGUGACAGUCCCCGUCUCAAAGAGCUCACAAGCUGAGUUUGAUCAGAUGGAUCUGGUUGGUCAAACAAAUUGGCCAGACGGCUUUAUUUGUUUAGUUUCAGUUUCCAGGACAGGGUAAGAGCCCAGGGUGAGGGGCUACCCCAAAUCCAGCUCUGAACCCCACAUUAUAUCCCCACAGGGAUCAGCUUCCAGGAGGGAGCAAAGAUCAACCCCAGAUACGUUUCUAAUCUGGGCACGGUCAGGGAAGAGCCCUCCUCAUCAUGAGACCCAGAGCCUUUUGGGGGAAAACCUGGGGCUGGCAGAGGCAGUUCCUCCGUUCACCUUCACAGCACAGUGGGGCUUUGUCCCAAGACUAGCCCUAGAUGUGAACUAGACAGGUCUGGGGCUAGGACAUGAGCUCCCAGGAGACCCCACAAGCUCGGAGAUUCCCCAUAGAGGCCGGAGAUUCUCCCAGCCUGGCAGCUGCUCCAGAGACCCAGGAGCCAGUUGCCACUGAGCACACUGCAGCAAGGCAGCUGAGAAGAUGCCCUGGGUGCCACUGCCUGACCCUGCCGAACGUUCCUAUUGACGUUUACAUUGCCAUGGGCGGGAACGAGAGGCCACGGACCACCUAACGGUUCCCCAAGUUGGGCUCAAGUGCUGAGACCACCGAGCUGGUCACCCGAAACUCUCUGACAGCUGGAGAACUGCAAAGGACGCCGCCACACAAAACAGUGACGCACAUUUUAAUAAAAGGACAUCUUAGAAUGUU